AUGGGCAAAGACACAAGGCAUUCCGCCGGCACGCUGCGCCCGCCGCACCCGCCCAUCCGCAACCCCCCCUACGCCGACUACCUCUACGACAUCUAUCGCUCCCGUCUGCUUGCCAGCCAACUGCCGGUCGCCACCACGGACCCCUAUGCGCUGGAAGACGAGGCCCGUCGGGUCAUGUCGAGCGAGGUGAAGCCCAACGAAGACGGCGAGGGUGCCAUUCCUGCCCGGCCUGCUGCCUUUGGCUACAUUGCAGGCGGUGCCGGCGCUGGCACGACCGUCGAAGCCAACCGCCGCGCGCUCGACCACGUUGCUCUCGUCCCGCGCAUGAUGCGUCCCGGAAAGGUAAAGGCAGGCACCGACGCGGCGACCGCAUCGCUGCGGGACCUGCGCGUGCGCCUCUUUGGUGGGCCCGGCCGUGGCCCGCCGGUGGAUCUGGCCAGCCCUGUCGUCAUGGCGCCCGUCGGCGUCCAGUGCGCCUACCACCCCGACCGCGAGGUGGGCGUUGCUGGUGCCUGCGCCGAGGUGGGCGUGCCCUUUUCCAUCAGCACGGCUUCGUCGUCCAGCAUCGAAGAAAUCAAGGCGAGCCUUGACGACACGUGCGUCGAGGACAGCGCCGCCAGUCCGGCACCCGCACCUUGGUACCAGCUGUACUGGCCCCAGGACGACGCCAUCACGGCCUCGCUGCUGCAGCGUGCCCGCGCUGCCGGCUGCCGCGUGCUGCUGGUGACCGUCGACACGUUUACCAUUGCGUGGCGGCCGACGGACCUGGACGCAGGGUACCUGCCGUUCAUCACGACCAACGAGGGCAACGCCAUUGGCUUCAGUGACCCCGUCUUCCGGAAGAAACUGGCCGAGGGCGAGCCGGGCGCAGAGGACGAGGAAGGCGAUGGCGAGAGCGAGAGCGAGCCCGCCACUCCCGAAAACAACGUGCUGGCUGCUUCGCUGCGCUGGACGAGCGAGGUGUUCCCCCGUCGUGCGCGUCCCUGGUCUGACCUGGCCACACUGCGCCGCCUCUGGGGCGACGACGGCGCCAUCUUGAUCAAGGGCGUACAGCAUCCAGACGACGCGCUCCUGGCUCGCCAGUACGGCGCUGACGGUGUGGUUGUGAGCAACCACGGCGGGCGGCAGGUGGACGGCGCUGUGGGGUCGCUCGAGAUGCUGCCCGAGGUGGUGGCCGCUGUGCGGGCAGCCGAGGCGCGGGAUGCCGGCGAGGCGGAGCGGAACGGCACGGGUCCACUGCAGCCGGCGCCCUUUACGAUUCUGUUCGACUCGGGCAUCCGGACAGGAUCCGAUGUGAUCAAGGCGCUGUGCUUGGGCGCACAGGCCGUAUUAGUGGGCCGUCCCGUGAUGUACGGCCUGGGCAUCGCCGGCCGCGACGGUGCAAAACAUGUCCUGGCGGGUUUGCUGGCGGACCUGGACCAGACGAUGAACUUGAUCGGGUGUGCGACCAUUGCCGACCUGGGGCCAUUUAUGCUUCGAAAAGGCGGUGCUGCGGUUAAGGCGUUGCUGUAG